AUGUCUGCAAAAGAAUUUAGCACUAACAAAAGCGAGCGACGAUGGGUUCAUCAACUGAAGGAGCAUUUCAUCGUUUACCUUGAAAAUCCGCCUUCCAUCUUCCGUGUCCCUAAGAGCCUGAGAGACUCGAAUCCAGAAUCCUAUAUCCCGCAGCAUGUUGGGAUCGGCGCAUAUCAUCAUUUUCACAUCGACAAUCGAAAACUUGAGGCGUUGAAGGAAAUUUUGAAGCCGGAACAAUAUAUCAACUUCAAGAGCCUAAUAGUUGACAGGGUGGAAGAUCUUGAGCCAGCUAUUCGCUCCUGCUACAGCAAGUACUUGGAUCUUGAUCGUGAGACUUUGGCUUGGAGCAUGGCCAUUGAUGGUGUUUAUAUGCUUCAUCUGCUCAGGUCAUAUUCAGGUGGAAAAGGAAGCAUUGGAAUCGGAGACAGGAACUUGGCACAGGACAUUAUGAUGCUUGAGAACCAAAUCCCUUGCAUUGUACUAAAGGAAAUUUGGAACGCUUUGCUGCUUUCAUGUGGAGAUGAUCAUGAGAUCGAGGAAAAGAAAGAAGGCGAAAACUGUGUCAAUGUGUUGCUAUCAGAAAUGCUGUAUUUCUGUAAAGCACAUUCACCAGUUGACCUCCCAAAUGAAGCUCAUUUUGAGGGAGACGCAAUUAGUCCUCAUCUUCUGCACUACAUGUAUAAUUUGAUAGUCAAAAAUUGGUCCAUUGGAGAAGCAAUGCAAAUGAUGCAAUCAGAUGUGAAUGCUGCUGCUGAUUAUACAAAUGCGAUUGAAGAAGAAGUGGUGAAUGAUGAAGUAACUGUGAAUCAGUUCAUACAGUGCAUAAGGACUGCGGCUGGUUUGGCGCAGCGAAAGUCUUUCAGGUUGGUUGCAAAUUUGCCGCUGAAUCAAAUCGCCAGCCUGUUUGAAAAUGGCAAUCACAGAUCAAAGACUGUUGGGGUAGAAGAGAUCCGAAUUCCAUCAGUUUCCGACAUCCAUAAUGUUUGCAAAAUAAAGUUCCGGGUUUGGCCCUAUUCGGGGAUUGGAAUCAGGUACGAUGACCAGAAGAAGAUACUUUACCUGCCAAUGAUCAGAUUGAACACUGACUCAGAAGCCAUCUUGCGGAACCUAAUGGCAUAUGAAAUAACCUCAAGAUCAAGCACCCUGGUAAUGGUCAGUUAUGUGGAUUUCAUGUGUGGCAUAAUUAAUACAGCUGCAGAUGUGGAACUGCUCAAGGGAAAAGGGAUCAUCAUAUCGGAGUUGGAAAGCGCAGAAAUCGCUGAAACUUUCAAUGGAAUUCGCAAAUCUGCGCGAAUGAGGUCAGAUGUCGAAGAGACUGUUGAGAAGUUGCAGAGGAUAAGUGACAACACUUUCAGUAUUAAGACCUGCACGUUUAUAAAAGAUCAUCUUAUUCCAUCUAAAUCUACUGUCCAGUGCAUCCUCACCAUAUUGAUGGUCUUGCUUCUCACCUUGCAAUCGUUCUGCGACAUUUAUGACUGCCAUGCUCGUUCUUCUGGGAUGAUGAUGAUCAUCAAAAACUCUUCUUCUUGA